AUGAGUCAAAAGCAGCUACACACCACUUUCGUGCAACAUGUUUUGCAAAAGCUGAAUCAGAUCAGGAUACCCGCGAUACGAGUUGACGCCAUUUUGGAUCAGGCCUACUUGGCGAUGGCAUCAACAAAGCUGGGCUCGAGCACGGCAUCAGUCUGCUCGCCAAGCGCCAACAAGUCCUCUUGUGUAUCCAUCGCGCCGAUCGAGCCGACCCUGUCUAUGGAAUACAAUAAUAAUGAUAGCAUCAUGAUGAAAAAAGAAGAAGAAUACCAGUCAUCGUGGGACCUUUGCCUGAACAUCCACAUUGUGCUUCUCUCUCUCUCUCUCUCUCUCUCUCUCUCUCUCUCUCUCUCUCUUUCUCUCUCUCUCUCUCUCUCUCUCUCUCUCUCUCUCUCUCUCUCUCUCUCUCUCUCUCUCUCUCUCUCUCUCUCUCUCUCUCUCUCAUAUUUCUUGUUGAUGUUGGCGCAACAGCAAACGGCAGCGCGAAGAAUGCUGGACUUGAUAUCCCCAUAUCAGCUAUACUAUUACCCCGAGGCCGUUUAUCGCCAGGGCGAGGUGUGGCGACUCCUGACCAACUUUACCUUCUUUGGCCCCGUCAGCAUCAAUUGGAUCUUUCACAUGUUCUUUCUGACUCGCUAUUGUCGGAUGUUGGAGGAAAACUCCUUUCGGGGUCGCACAGCUGACAUGGCAUUCAUGAUGCUCUUUGGGGCUGCACUUCUCCUGAUUUUCGCACCGCUCAUUCCCUUUACCGACCAGCUCCUCUUUUUGGGCUCUUCGUUUGUUUCCAUGCUUGUCUAUAUCUGGAGUCGGCGAAACCCUUCCGUUCGCAUGGGCCUCUUUGCCCUCCUCUUCUUUCGAGCCCCAUACUUGCCCUGGGUUCUCCUGGGUAUGGGCGUGCUGCUUGGCAAUGACCCGUCAGCUGACCUCCUUGGCAUGGCCGCCGGUCACAUUUACUACUUUCUGGAGGACGUCUAUGCCAAGCCGCGGUCGGCAGGCGGACUCGGAGGGCCUCGUAUUUUAGCCACGCCAACAUUCCUGAAGACACUCAUCGAGGGUGGGCAAGAUUUGCCCAACCCGCCCGCCGACGUCCCUGCUGCCGGCGGUUAUGAUUGGGGCCGACCGCCGAUGGCAGACGAGGCUGGCGGGGCCCGUCAAGGCAACUGA